UUUCCCAGCGUCCCUUCCGCUAAAAGUCUCAAAGACUUCCGGCGCGGCUGACGUCUCCAGCGUUCCUUCCUACGUAAACUCCAGGCGGGGCCUGCGGGACCCUGGGUGGUGAGCUGUGUUAAUUUUUAGGCGGAGACUGUUCGAUGAAGAAAGAUCUAAGAAAGGAUCUGGACGGGCAGGAAAUAGUUAACUGAAAGGAAUCUGCCCCACUGCUACAACCAAACCAGAUGCCUUCUUCGACUUCACCAGACCAAGGAAAUGACCUGGAGGCCUCUCUUUUAAGAUUUUCAGACUUGGAUUUGAAAGACACAAGUAUUAUCAAUCCCAGUAGCAGUCUUAAAGCAGAGCUAGAUGUCAAUACAAAGAAGAAAUAUUCAUUUGCAAAGAAAAAGGCAUUUGCCCUUUUUGUCAAAACCAAAGAAGUUCCAGCACCAUCUUAUAAAUGCAAAGAAAUAUGGUGGAAAUGCUGUCAGCAACUGUUCACGGGCCCCACUAGCAUCCAUAGACACGUGGCAACACAGCACGCUGAUGAGAUUUGGCACCAGACUGCUUCUGUUUUAGAGCAGCUCGCUGUGGCAUCGAGCACCUCAAAGAGCCUUAAGUCUGCCGACAAAAGGAACCCCCCGAAAGAGUGCCUUACUCGAAACCAUGAAGUGUCUGCUUGGCUCCCUGACAUUAGUUGCUUUAGCCCUGAUGAGCUGAUAAGUGGCGAGGGCAGUGAUGAAGGAGAGGUGUUACUUUAUUACUGCUAUCGUGACCUGGAGGACCCCCACUGGAUCUGUGCCUGGCAGACAGCUCUGUGUCGGCACCUGCACCUCACAGGCAAGGUGCGAAUUGCUACCGAAGGAAUCAACGGGACAGUUGGUGGAAGCAAAUUGGCCACCAGACUCUAUGUGGAAGUCAUGCUUUCCUGCCCAUUGUUUAAGGAUUAUCUGUGUGAGGAUGACUUUAAGACCAGCAAAGGAGGAGCUUGCUGUUUUCCAGAGUUGCGUGUUGGUGUAUUUGAAGAAAUUGUGCCUAUGGGGAUCAGUCCCAAUAAGAUCUCCUAUAAAAAGCCUGGAAUCCAUUUAACCCCAGGUGAAUUUCAUAAAGAAGUAGAAAAGUUUUUGUCUCAGGCAAAUCAAGAACAAAGUGAUACUAUCCUCCUGGACUGCAGAAACUUCUAUGAAAGCAAAAUAGGACGCUUCCAGGGCUGCUUAGCCCCAGACAUCAGGAAAUUCAGUUACUUCCCUAGCUACGUUGACAAAAACCUAGAACUUUUCAGAGAGAAGAGGGUACUGAUGUAUUGCACUGGGGGCAUCCGUUGUGAGCGGGGUUCUGCUUACCUCAAAGCCAAGGGAGUGUGCAAGGAAGUGUUCCAGCUCAAGGGUGGCAUCCACAAGUACCUGGAAGAGUUUCCUGACGGUUUUUACAAAGGGAAAUUGUUUGUUUUCGAUGAGCGUUAUGCCUUGUCCUACAACAGUGACAUAGUGUCAGAAUGUUCAUACUGUGGAGCCCCAUGGGACCAGUAUAAACUCUGCUCCACUCCCCAGUGCCGCCAGCUCGUCUUGACCUGCCCCGCCUGUCAAGGACAAGGACUCACAGCCUGUUGUAUCACAUGUCAAGACAAAGGGAGCAGGCCAGCUUCAAGCCCUACCCAGAACAGCUUUAAAGAGGAAUGUGACUGUACAGCCCGACGGCCACGCAUACCCAGUGAACUUCCACAGCAGGCGCUACCCACCCUGAGCCCAGAGCCAAGACCUGAUGUUGCUGAGGAUGGGCCCUGCUUGUGUGAGCGGCACCGGCAGCAUUUCCCUGAGGCUUCACAAAGCUAGGUUCGAGGCAGCCAUGUAUCUGGGAAUAGCCAGGCUGCAGCAACAGAGAAAUGGGGAACUUGGGUGCUGGCCAAUGACACCGUGGCAAACUGGCCACCUAUUGGCCACUUAUACUUCAUAAGAGAGAAGAGGGAGUUGGUGCUGACCACUUACCUGAGACAUUCUGACUCAGAAGAUGCUAGAGCACUGGAAAAGGUGAGCUGUGUGGGAUCCCAUAGCAGCUGAGGAAUAGAGCCUUGAUCCUGGCGACCAGGUCAUGCCUUUUCUGUGCCAGGUGUCAGGGCUGCUAGCAAUCAUUUUUCUUGUCAUCAUACCUGUCUGUCCUGAUGGCAAAAGUGUGAAAGCUGUGACCCUGGAAGUAGACUCCUUGGAACAAGUCCUAUUAGUCCCCUGCCAUCCACCCCAACCCUCACCUCGUCUGUUAGCCUGAGUGCACUAGACCGGGAUCUAUAAACUACGGCAUUUGGCCCAUCUCCUGCUUUUGUAAAUAAAGCUUCAUUGGAAUAGCCACACCCAUUUUUUAACAUAUGAUUUAAGACAGACUUAACCUUUUGCACUCGGAUGUCGAGUGUGACUCGACACGGUUAGCAUCGGUAGCAGCUCGUAUGUCGAAUUGUAUUGAAUGUAUCAAUAAUUUGAAAUAUAAAAAAAUCCAAAUAAAUAAAUUUGUAUGAAAAGAAACUCCAGUUUUUUAUUCUACUGCCACGCUUUGUAAAAUCUGGGGUAUUUAAAAAAUUAAAUCCCGAGUAGAAUAAAGGAAUCGAGAAAAAAGCAAGCGAGUGCAAAGGGUUAAGUAUUUACAACAGAAAAGUUAUGGCCUGAAAAACCUAUAUUUAUUAUCUGUUCCUUUACAGAAAAAAAUUGCCACCUUUUGGUCUAAACCACAAGCUCGACUGAUUGAACAGAUGGUCAUAAAGAUGUGGCUCACCUUCAUUUUUUAUUGAUUUGGUUUUUAACAGAGAUCUUCCCCUAGUAGUCUCUGCUUUCCCUAGCAGCCACCACACUUUGCUUUUAAGUAUUUUCUUUGAGGGAUUCAGAUUAGCUUGAUGACACAUAGGGGCAGUUUUUACACCAGUGGUUUGGGAUACAAGACAUUCUGAGUGAGGUCAUUCAGCACUGCCGUGGUUUCCCGGCCUUGUCGGGUGUGUGUCCCUGUCACACAGGUCCCAAAAAACACAUACGCAGCCAUUCAUAGACCAACAGAUUUAAUGUUAAAUUGCAGUUUCCAGUGAUGCAGAAUACAGCUGCAAUUGUGUUUCAAGGAGAAGCCGGUGGUGCCACUCCUGGGUCCAUCUGCAGCCUCGUAGACACUCUUCCACAGAGGUGGCUCCACCUCUGGUUACCCUGCACAGUCACGGCAUCACAGUUCAGUGUGCAAGACUUCUCCUUUCUCGUCAAAAGCCUCUCUGCUCAGUGCUCUGCAGCAGUCUGUUCGUCAGCUCUUUGGCCUGGCCUUGAUCAGAAGAUUUAUCCUAUCACUCAUGAAUGUAACUUCCCAAGCAACAGAAAUACUAGCUCGACUGGCACUGUGGUAUGUUAAAAGGCACAAGGGCAUGGUGGCUUCACAUUUUUGCUGGAUCCCAAGAAGUGCACAUGAUGUUAAAGGGAUGCGGCAGAGAUACCAAAAUUACGUUUUCAGAAUCAUCAUCUUGGGAUAGUUUGGCCAGGGUUUCCUAUCUUUACUAUCUGGGUCUUCCCCAUUGGCUUUCAGAGGCUUAACUUUUUAAUUAAGAUUAGCAGUGACAUGUAUAGUAAGUGCUGCCACAUGUAGUUGCAAGUCUGUCAGCAUAGACUGGAAAUUUAUCCCUCUAACGUUUGACUUCAAGUAAGCCAUUAGCCCACUGUGCGAUACAGAAAGGUGUUUCCAAGUAUUUGGCCACAGGGUUUCAUAUCCACCAUAAGGUUAGCAUUCGAUAAAGGAAAACAUUCUGACUCCGGUGUUAAAUUAUAAAUAAACCCCAGAUGCCAUAAAGAACACUCAAGGAGCUGUUUGUUGCCUGGGAUUGGUAAAGACAAGAUCGUUUUUGAAACUUGGAAUUUCCUCAUAUCCAGCAAAAGGAAUCUCGUGUUCUUUGAUUCCUGGCAGAGCUCAGUGGCUUCAGUCUUUCUGUCUUUCUUGAGGGGAAAAAUUGUGUUCUUGAUCCAGUAAUCAAUUUGGCAACUUUAAUAUUGAGGUUCUUGGAUUUAAAGGAGGGUUAAUAAAAAAAACCUGUUGUGCUGGCUAAAUAGCCGAGAUCAAAUUUGUAAUAAAGUAUUGUAUAAUGCUUCU